AUGAAUUCGGUCGCCGUGCCGCGCAUCCCCGAGGAGGCCGUGGGUGGCAUCUGCGAGCUGGUGGACGAGGCAAAAGGAUCGAGCACGACGAUCAAUGUCGAGUACAACCAGCUGGACCCGCUCCUGAAGGGGACGCCGGCGGGCGGGGACAAGCCGGACGCGAGCGGGUUCUCGCCGUACCCUGGGAACAUCAACAUACUCGUCUUCGGGCUCGAGGGCAUGAAGGCAUGCCUCCACACCACUGGCGGCAUCGUGCCUGAGUUCGUGAAUCCGAAGUGGGCAGAUGCAGAGAAGAGCAAGUUCAAGAAGCCCACCAGGCUCGAAUGCAUGAUGCAG